GAGAAGGUCACAGUCUCCAGCGAUCUAGGAGGGAAAACCAGAAGAAGGUGGCCCUCAGACCCAGCCCAGCCGAGAUGUCCGCGCAAAGCCUGCUGCACAGUGUCUUCUCCUGCUCCUCGCCCGCAUCGGGCAGCACGGCCUCGAGCAAGGGAUUCUCCAAAAGGAAGCUGCGCCAGACGCGCAGCCUGGACCCAGCCCUGAUCGGUGGCUGCGGGAGCGAGAUGGGCGCCGAGAGCGGCCUGCGGGGCUCCACAGUAAGCCGGCUCCACUCUCCGCAGCUCUUAGCAGAGGGUCUAGGUUCCCGCUUAGCUUCUUCUCCCCGGAGUCAGCACCUUCGGGCUACCCGGUUCUCGACACCUAGACCUCUAUGCUCGUCUUUCUCCACACCUAGUACCCCGCAAGAAAAGUCGCCUUCUGGCAGCUUCCACUUUGACUACGAGGUCCCACUGAGUCGCAGUGGUCUCAAGAAGAGCAUGGCCUGGGACCUGCCUUCUGUCCUUGCCGGGUCCGCUAGUGGCCGCAGUCCCGCAAGCAUCCUCAGUUCCUCCGGGGGAGGCCCCAAUGGCAUCUUCGCUUCUCCAAGGAGAUGGCUCCAGCAGAAGAAGUUCCAGCCUCCACCUAACAGUCGCAGCCACCCUUACAUCGUGUGGAGGUCCGAGGGUGACUUCACCUGGAACAGCAUGUCUGGUCGUAGCGUGCGCCUGAGGUCAGUCCCCAUCCAGAGCCUCUCAGAGCUGGAGCGGGCACGGCUACAGGAAGUGGCGUAUUAUCAGUUGCAGCAGGACUGUGACCUGGGCUGUCAGAUCACCAUCCCCAAAGAUGGACAAAAGAGAAAGAAAUCAUUGAGAAAGAAACUGGAUUCACUAGGGAAGGAAAAGAACAAAGACAAAGAAUUCAUCCCACAGGCAUUUGGAAUGCCCUUAUCCCAAGUCAUUGCUAAUGACCGGGCAUAUAAACUGAAGCAAGACUUGCAGAGGGAGGAGCAGAAGGAUGCAUCGGAUUUUGUAUCUUCCCUCCUCCCAUUUGGGAAUAAAAAACAAAACAAAGAACUCUCAAGCAGUAACUCAUCUCUCAGCUCAACCUCCGAAACACCAAACGAGUCUAUAUCCCCGAACACUCCAGAACCAGCUCCUCGGGCCAGGAGAAGGGGCGCCAUGUCUGUGGAUUCCAUCACCGAUCUAGAUGACAACCAAUCUCGACUCCUAGAAGCUUUACAACUCUCUUUGCCUUCUGAGGCUCAGAAUAAAAAAGAAAAGGCCAGAGAUAAGAAGCUGAGUCUGAAUCCUAUUUACAGGCAGGUCCCCAGAUUGGUGGACAGCUGCUGUCAGCAUCUGGAAAAACAUGGCCUCCAGACAGUGGGGAUAUUCCGAGUUGGAAGCUCAAAGAAGAGAGUAAGACAAUUGCGUGAAGAAUUUGACCGUGGGGUUGAUGUCUGUCUAGAAGAGGAGCACAGUGUUCAUGAUGUGGCAGCCUUGUUAAAGGAGUUCCUCAGGGACAUGCCUGACCCCCUUCUCACAAGGGAGCUGUACACUGCAUUUAUCAACACUCUCCUGUUGGAGCCUGAGGAACAACUGGGCACCUUGCAACUCCUCAUUUACCUUCUACCUCCCUGCAACUGCGACACCCUUCACCGCCUCCUACAGUUCCUCUCCAUUGUGGCCAGGCAUGCUGAUGAUAAUGUCGGCAAGGAUGGACAAGAGGUCACUGGGAACAAAAUGACAUCUCUGAACUUAGCCACCAUAUUUGGACCCAACCUGCUCCACAAGCAGAAGUCAUCAGACAAAGAAUAUUCUGUCCAGAGCUCAGCCAGAGCUGAAGAGAGCACAGCCAUCAUAGCUGUGGUCCAGAAGAUGAUUGAAAAUUAUGAAGCCUUGUUCAUGGUUUCCCCUGAUCUCCAGAAUGAAGUGCUGAUCAGCCUUCUGGAGACAGAUCCAGAUGUUGUGGACUACUUGCUCAGGAGAAAGGAUUCCCAAUCCUCGAGCCCUGACAUGCUUCCGACGGAAGUUUCCUUUUCCAUGGGAGGGAGGCAUUCAUCUACAGACUCCAACAAAGCCUCCAGUGGUGACAUCUCCCCUUAUGACAACAACUCCCCAGUACUGUCUGAGCGCUCCCUGCUGGCUAUGCAAGAGGACAGGGCCCGGGGGGGCUCGGAGAAGCUUUAUAAAGUGCCAGAGCAGUAUACAUUGGUGGGCCACUUGCCAUCGCCAAAGUCGAAGUCAAGAGAAAGUUCUCCUGGACCAAAGCUUGGAAAAGAAAUGUCAGAGGAGCCUUUCAAUAUCUGGGGAACUUGGCAUUCAACAUUAAAAAGUGGAUCCAAAGACCCAGGAAUGACAGGUUCUUAUGGUGACAUUUUUGAAAGCAGCUCCCUCCGACCGAGGCCCUGUUCCCUUUCUCAAGGGAACCUUUCCUUGAAUUGGCCUCGGUGUCAAGGGAGCCCCACAGGGCUGGACAGUGGCACUCAGGUAAUUCGGAGGACUCAGACAGCGGCCACCGGGGAGCAGUGCAGUGUCCAUCUUCCGGUGUCACGUGUCUGCAGCACUCCCCACAUCCAGGACGGCAGCAGGGGGGCCAGGCGGCCUGCAGCCAGGUCUGAGCCAUUUUUGUCCCUAAACAGCACAGAAAACCUGGCCGAGGGCAAGGAGGAUGUGGCCUGGCUGCAAAGCCAGACCCGACCUGUGUACCAGAGACCUCAGGAGAGUGGUAGAGAUGACAGGCGCCCCCCUCCUCCUUACCCAGGGUCAGGGAAGCCUGCCACAACCUCGGCCCAGCAGCCACUGGAGCCUCCCCUGUGGAGGCCUCAGAGGCAUGAAGAAGGUUCAGAAACAGCUAUGGAAGGAGGCCAGGAGGCCUCAGGGGAGCAUCAGACCAGGCCAAAAAAACUGAGCAGCGCCUACUCCCUCUCAGCCAGCGAGCAGGACAAACAGAACUUAGGGGAAGCCAGCUGGCUCGACUGGCAGCGAGAGCGGUGGCAGAUUUGGGAGCUUCUGUCAACUGAUAACCCCGACGCCCUCCCGGAAACCCUAGUAUAAGCCCGCCAGCAGCUGGAGCC